AUGGGCAUCGGGACCCCACCCACACUGGAGGAGCUGUCAAGGUGGGCUCUGCUGAGAAACGAGGCCUUGGCCAUCUCUGCUCUGGGGAAGCUGCCCAGCAUGCUCUUCCCAGCACUGUUUGAGGAGGCUUUCAGUAGCCAUUGCACUGGUAUCGUGAAGGCAAUGGUGGUAGCCUGGCCUUUCCCCUACCUCCGUGUGAAGGGCAUGAUGGACACCUUCGACUCAGCGAUUUUUCAUGCAGUGCUGGAUGGACUGGAUGUCCUGCUGACUCAGCAGGUUUGCCCCAUGAGGGGGGAACUUCGAGUACUCGAUUUUCGGAGGGUGCCCUGUGACUUCUGGAUCAUCCAGGCUGGAGCAGAGGAUGGGGUCUGCUCAGUAGAGACUGUGAGUGUGAAGCAAGCAGGGAAGUCCCCUUCCAGACACGAGUUGAGCCCACGAAUCAAGGUGAGAAUUGACCUCUACUUCAGGUCCCGACUGGAGAAAGCAGAAAUGUACUUCUUACAGUGGGCCCACCAGAGAAAAGACUCCCUCCAGCUCUGCUGUAAGAAUGUGAAGAUUGUGUUGCAGUCCCUAGAUAAUUUUUCCGGACUCAGCGGUCUCCAGCGUCUUUAUUUGCGUGGCUUCUCUUUCUUCAGUGAGCAAAUGAAACUCUUGCUCAGGAACCUGAAGACUCCCUUGGAAACCUUCUCUGUCACUCACUGUCCUGUUUUACAGUCACACUUGAAAGACUUUGCGCUGUGUCCAUGCCUUCAUCAACUAAAACAUCUGGACUUGAGUGGACCCCUACUGUGCAAUGUGUCUCUUCUGCCUCUCAGUGUUCUCCUAGAGAUGGGAGCAGACAGUCUUGAGACUCUGGAAUUGCAGGGGUGUAAGAUAAAGGACUCUCAGUUCCGUGAACUCCUACCUGCCCUCAGCCAAUGCUCCCAGCUCACCAAGGUCAAUUUCUAUAGCAAUGACUUCUCCAUGAAUCUCUUGCGUGACCUUUUCCACCACACAGCCAACAUGAGCAAGAUGACCAUGGAACAGUACCCUGCCCCUCGGGAGUGCUAUGACCAGAAUUACAUCUCCGUACACACAUUUUCUCAACUUUGUUCUCAGCUCAUGGAUACGCUCAGGGCCAUAAGGCAGCCCAAGAGGAUAAUCUUUGCUACACAUGGUUGCGCCUUUAGUCCAAGAUGUAAAGGCAGCUAUGGCACCUUUAGGGAUGUCAUUGCCGUGCUGGUCAUUGUUGCAGGAAGACAGGAAGCUUUUCUUGCUGGAAAUUUCAUCUCCUACCAAGAAGAGGACUCUCGAAAGGACCAGCAAGAAGGCAGAAAUGAGUUCCUGUAA